AUGUCAAGUCAAUAUACGAACGAGUCUGCCUCGCCGCCCACGUCGGUGCUGAUACCGCCCGCCCUAUCCCCUCACCCCCGUCCCGCCACCAGCACCAUCACCACACCGCUGGAGACAUUGGCGACAUCGGGGGCAACUCCUCAUGGUCAAUGGGGAGAACAAGCUCAUUCACCCACACAGCCUUUCCGAUUGCUGAAGCCAAGGCGGGCGCUGCCAGUUCGCCGCCUCCCAUCUCCUCCCGCGGCCGUCUUGUUAGGCUCUCUGUAUGUGUUCAAGUGUAAGCCGCAUGACCGCCGGGCGCAAAAAGGCGGCUCUGCUCCGGCGGCGCUGCGCCCCGUCCUCGCCUCCCACGAGCAGCAGCAACAGCAGCAGCCAUCAUCUCAUAUCUGUUUCCGCUGCAGGCAGGCAAGUGUGUCUCGCCGAGUGAGGCGGUCGAUGCGGCUCCCGCGCUGCUGCGGCUACAUGGAAGACACUGCCUGCUUCGCUGCCGCUGCAGUCUCUCCGUCUCCCGCUCAGCCGGCCGAGGUAACCCGUCCGUUGGACGCGGCUGCACCGCAUCUGACAGAAAUGUAG